AACGCACCGACAGCGUGGGCCAGAACGCCGUCCGAGUCCCGUCCACACUUACGACGACGUGCUCGCGCCAAGUCUAGUGUCGAUAAAAAAAAAAAUAAAGGUUUAAAUAAAAACAAGGGUCCCAAAAAAACCGCAUCCGUAGCUUGUGUGCCGUAGCGGUUUUUUUUUCGCCGUAGUCGUCGGCAGUCAUCCUCCACCGUCCAGCUCCCCUCCUCCCCCCCCCCGUUCGUGGGUUUUCACGCCGAGGAUUACGACGAUGUUUGUUUGGCCGCCAUAAACGUGACGGGCCGGCUGUCUAAACCGACCCAUAAACCGUUGCUCACAUAAUUUACAACUACCGCACAGCGUCGCCACUGUGAAUGGAAAUUAUUAUACCGUCGCUUUAGCACUUUUGCCGGUGUUUGUUGCAGCGAAACAUCCGAUUAAAAGUCUUUUGCAACGGCCCGGCCAAACUGAGCACGAAGGAAAUCGGAGCCAUGUGAUCGCCGGAAAACAGUCGUCGGGCCACCAUGGAUCCGAUCUGGUGGUACGAGGUACAAGAGUCGGGCAGCACCAAGACUAGCAACGGGACAUGCGCGACCACUGGUCAGACCAACAAGACCAAUGGCUGUUCGGCGGCGGCCGUGGGCCCGGUGCUGAUACUGAAGACCGUGGCCAUGUGUUCGAUAAUACUGUGCGCGGUGUUGGGCAACGCGCUGGUCGUCAUCAGCGUGGUCCGGCACAGGAAGCUACGCAUACUCACCAACUACUACGUGGUGUCGCUCGCGUUCGCCGACUUCCUGGUGGCGUUGUGCGCGAUGUCGUUCAACGCCAGCGUGGAGAUCACCGGCAAAUGGAUGUUCGGCUACAUCAUGUGUGACGUCUGGAACAGCCUGGACGUGUACUUCUCGACGGCGUCCAUACUGCACCUGUGCUGCAUCAGCGUGGACCGGUACUACGCCAUAGUCAGCCCGCUCCAGUAUCCGAUCACCAUGACGCAGCGGACGGUGCUCUUCACGCUGCUCAACGUGUGGACCUUGCCCGCGCUCAUAUCGUUCCUGCCCAUAUUCUUCGGCUGGUACACCACCGCCGAGCACCAGGCGUUCAGGUAUCAAAACCCCAUGUCGUGCAUAUUUGUCGUCAACAAGUACUACGCCAUCAUAUCGUCGUCAGUGUCGUUUUGGAUACCCGGCAUCGUUAUGAUCGUCAUGUACUACAAAAUCUAUAAAGAAGCAGUACGACAAAGACAGGCGCUAUCCAGGACAUCGAGUAAUAUUAUAUUGAAUAGCAUACACCAACAUAGGAUACAGCAUUACAGUCAUAGAUUAAGGCCACCCGACAGCGGAAACAUAUCUAACGGCGGGGCUCUAACGACCAAGACUACGACUACAAGUUGGAGAACUGAACACAAAGCAGCUCGCACGCUUGGAAUCAUAAUGGGUGUAUUCCUAUUGUGCUGGUUGCCAUUUUUUUUAUGGUAUGUGAUAUCCACGUUAUGCGGGGAACCGUGCACCUUUCCGGAAACGCUGGUGACGGUAUUGUUUUGGAUCGGCUAUUUCAAUUCAUCACUGAACCCGCUAAUAUACGCAUACUUCAACCGAGACUUCAGGGAAGCAUUCAAAAACACGUUGCAAUGCGUGUUCCCUUGUUGUCAAUCGUGCUGUCCUAAAGAGAGCGACUCCACGGCCAUGAGUUAUGUCUGAUUCGUUUGCAAUAAAAAAAUAUAUAUACAUGUAUUGUGUCGAGUAAAAUUAUUAAUACUAUAUAAUAUUAAGUCGAGUUAAAUUUAAUGACGUUACUCAAUUUUAAUGACAGUAAAAUCGCAUAACAUUCAUCACGGUGUACGCCAAUCGUAUUUAUUACAUUUGUAUUGUUAAUUUUUGUUUUCACUAUAUAGGAAAACGAUUCGAUUGAAAAUGUUAUUUAUUGACUCGUUAACGCUCUAUAGUGUUCAAAAAUCUACUUACGACGAUGGUCUUCCUGUAAAAAUAAAAUAUAUAAUUUUAAAUCAUAGAUGAAAAUAUAUAUUAACACCUAAUCGAAUAUUGUCAAUUCCUAUUUAUUCGGUAAAUAUUUACGUUUAUUGAAUUUUUAUUGAAAAUAUGUCAAAAUACAUUUUUUAGAGAGAAAAAUCGUUAUAAUUUAUUGUUAUAUAAAAUAUGUCAAUUUCAUAGGCAGCGUUCAAGUUACCUACUACCGUAAUGUAAGGCUAUAGUUAAUUUUAUAAACGUCAAGUUACACUUGCUAUAAAAAUACAUAUUAUUACUGUUGUGGUAUUAUUAGUGAUAGUAUAAUAAGGAACUAGUGUUUGGCGUUUACGCUGAAAUGUGCAGAAGGACUAGGUUCGAUGAAUUAGAAAUGAGCAAAAAAGAGUUUUAAGUUACGCUUCCAUCGGGAAAGAUAAGAAUAUGAAAGACGGUAGAGAAAAGCGAAAUAGUAGAACAUCCAAGAGCGACUACAUUAGAGAGGAAUCGUUAGAAUUUAUAAAAUAAAAGUAAUAAGACGGUGGGGUAGAUGGAGAAAUAGUGAUAGAUAAGCGGUGUAAAAAGAACAGAGAUUGAAGUAUUUGAGAGAGCAUCUACAUGUGUAGAAAGUCUUAAUUUUUACCAAAACGUGGACAACAAUCAAUGCGAUACUGCAGCUGUAUGGUGACGAAUAUUAAAGGCCUGAUUUUUAACACACAACUAUUAACGUCAUGUUUUCAAAAUUAAUGUGUUCCGUCAUAGCUAUUAGCGAUCAGGAGAAACUAAAAUUAAAAACGUCGAUCGGGCGACUUCUUUCAGCGUAAAAUUACAUUAAUGUUUAUUGGUAAUUACUAAUUUCGUCUUGAUUGUCUAAGUAAAACUUACCGAACAAAGUUCUCCGAAAGCGUUGAGCACAGGUGUGGUAAGCCAUUUUAUAAUUGGAACUUUCCAGAAACGUUAUUCGACGGUUAAUGAUAAUAUCCGUAGAUACUUUUUACAAUCAAAAAACUACAUCUACCAGAAAUCGAUGGAAAAUAUUAUAUUAACGUUACACUAACACAGUACGGUGUUUCUAACGACCCAAGUUCAUUGACUCACUGGACAAAUAAAUUAUUUUACCGAAAAAAUGUCACUUACCACACCUGUGUCUUCAACAUUAAAAAACACACAAAGAAUGUACACCGAUUAUUAAAUUUAUGUUUUAGUUACUAUUGUAAAAACGAAUAACAGUAAAAAAAAAAAUGUCCGUCACCAUUGUUAUAUUCCGGUUUUUUAUGUUCUGUUGUAGAAUAU